AUGAAAAUCGAGGAAAUAACCGACAAAUUGGAGGAGGCCAUGAAGCUGGAGCAGGCCUCACCACAGCCUAAUACCAGCGCCACAGAUGCCACCAAACCUGAGCUGCCACCAGCUCAUACCAUCGCUAGCGGAAAGACUGUUGAUGAAGUAUGGGAGGAUCUAAACAAGUCGCCCCUUUUCAUGACAGACCUUGAUGCCAGUGAGGAAAAUGAAGACAUUGCAGCACUGCAGGCACUCGCGUAUGAAGGCACACCUCUUGAAAACGGCCAGGAGUUCAAAGAGCGUGGAAACGAGUGCUUCAAACUUAAGAACUACGCCGAUGCAAAGGAGUUUUACGGAAAAGGCAUUGCUAUUCUCGCUGGCGAAGAACGCAAGCGUGCCAGGGGCGAGCAGACAAAAAACCAGGAGGGCGUAAUCGACACUGAGGAGGAGAUCCAGAAGCAACGCGAGACUCUUGAAGCGCUCUACGUCAACCGGGCAGCAUGCCACCUUGCUGUUAAGAAUUACCGCAGCUGCUGGCUUGAUUGCGCUGCAGCAUUGCGUCUCAACCCGCGAAACAUCAAGGCAUACUUCCGCAGUGCACGAGCACUCCUUGCGGUGGACCGUAUCCAGGAGGCCGAUGAUGUUUGUGCACGCGGUCUUUCAUUAGAUGAAAACAAUGCUUCUUUGCGUUCUGUAGCGGACGAUAUCAUUAAGCGAGCCAAAGAGAUCGACGCACGACGAAAGAGGGACGCAGAGCGCGAAGCAAAGGAGAAGCGACGUGCGCUUCUCAUCAAAGCCGCACUGCGAGCGAGAAAUAUCCCCACACGCACAACCUCUCAGCCACCAGAGAUGGAAGAUGCGGGUAUUGCGCUCCUCCCAGAUCCUGAUGAUCCCCGCAGCACGCUUGCGUUCCCAACAGUACUGCUGUACCCUCUACACCUGGAGUCUGAUUUCAUCAAGGCGUUUGAGGAAACACAUUCGCUCGAGGAUCAUCUGAGCUAUAUCUUCCCUCUGCCGUGGGACAAGGAGGGUGUGUACACGACAGCAGGUGUAGAGGCGUUUGUGGAAACUACACAGGGUGGCCUCCUAAAGAUGGGCAAGCGGGUGCCGCUGCUGAAGGUUUUGGGAACGGGUAAGGUUGAGGUAGUGGAUGAGGUGGUGAGGAUCUUUGUCGUUCCCAAGGAUAAGGCAGAGGCAUGGACAAAGGAGCACAAGGCAAAGAGAGCGGCUGAAAAGGGAGAGACAAGCUGA